GUACAGGAGCCAUUUUACCGGAUAGACCACAACUAAAUCUCGGACUCCAAACAAAUGGGCGGCUCCUAAUAAUGAAGUGGACGACACGGGACGCGCGCCUUGUGAUGACGUAGUUGCACCCUAAGCAUUCUAUUGGCUGCGGUUUAACACCGCCACCAGACGUUGUAAGACGUCAUUUCCGCCGUCGUCGAGCGUGUAACCAUCUUGGAGAGCGAGGUGUUUGCCAGUCAGUCAGUCCGGUCUCUCUCUGUCGCUGCGCACACCGGGUUGUUGGUGAAAUGGCGGCCGCUGCAGCUGUGGGCCCUGCCGGGGUGACCAGUCAGUCCAGCCGAAAGAGGCUGAUGAGGGAGGAAGACAUGACCAAGGUGGAGUUCGAGACCAGCGAGGAGGUGGAUGUGACUCCCACCUUCGACACCAUGGGGCUGCGGGAAGACCUGCUCCGGGGAAUCUACGCUUAUGGUAAGCGGCCCGCGGGCCGGACCGGCCGUCAGAGCUCAGAGAGGGCCUGGGCACCCCAUACCGGCCGGGGAGAGCUCUGAGAGGGCCUGGGCACCCCAUACCGGCUGGGGGACAGCGGGGAGAGCGCUCAGAGGGCCUGGGCACCCCAUACCGGCCGGGGAGAGCGGGCAGAGCUCUCAGAGAGGGCCUGGGCACCCCAUACCGGCUGGGGACAGCGGGGAGAGCGCUCAGUGAGGGCCUGGGCACCCCAUACCGGCUGGGGAGAGCUCUCAGAGAGGGCCUGUUUGUUUAGUGCAACUUUAAUCGUUUUCAGCAAGAGUUGUUUUUUUCCAAAGUCCUUUUGAAUGCUUUUUUAAAUGCUUAGUAUUUAUAUGGAGCUGAUAUUAUUUUGAUUGUGUACUCCCUAAUUAUCAGACAUGUGUCAGUGUUUGUGGGCUGAUAUUAAGUAAUGAACUAUCCUUCGAAUAAGUGCAAGUGUGUAUUGCUUGUGUUUGUGGGUUCCGUUUAUAAAUGUUUGGGGAUCUGAUAAGUGGCAUAAAGUUGUGAAAGUGUAAUAAUCACCUCAAGUUAACUGUUUACAUUUCUUAUCACAAAGGGGCAUGCAGUUACCUUUAGGUGAUUACUGCACUUUCACAUCUUUUUGUCACUUAUCUGAUUUCCAAACUUUUAUCAAGUUCUGAAAACCCAUGUAAAGUUUUUGCUGGCACUUUGGAAAAAAUGGGAUAAGUGGGAACAUUCAAUUUGUAAUUUCUGUAGGCAGUGUCUGCACCAAUAUUCAGAACAUAACAAUGUUAAAUGAUCUAAAAAGAAAAAUAUUUCUGCUUAACCCCUUAAGGACACAUGACAUGUGUGACAUGUCAUGAUUCCCUUUUAUUCCAGAAGUUUGGUCCUUAACACACUUAAAAAAAAAAAAAAAAAAAAAACCCACACAAAUUGGGUUUCUUUAGUUUAGAUUUAGGACCUCGUGCGUUUUUGUUUUUCCUUCCAGUUGGCUUCAUUUUCUUAUUAAUUGCAUGAUUGCUAAGUGGUUUAAUCUUAUUUUUCAGGUUUUGAGAAACCUUCAGCUAUUCAACAGAGAGCUAUCAAGCAGAUAAUUAAAGGAAGAGAUGUUAUUGCACAGUAAGUACAGGAUUUUAAUUCACAUGGUGAUAUUCCCUCCAAAUUCCUUUACCAUAAUUGUCUGUACAUUUAUUUGAAUUAUUCAUGUCCGUUUUGAGAUGUAAAUUUAUGACACUCCUACUUAUUUUCUUGUGCUACAUACAUUCUAAAAUAUGAUCUAGAAAAAUUGCAUUUCUUUCAAAUUGUUCGUGUAAGCCUGUUGGACUCUUUCCUGCUUUUUAGUUGCCAAUCAACACUACACUUUCCUGAUACAGUUCUCAAGCCAUAGUGCAUACGCAAAACUCUCACACUCAUGCAAACAUAGUGCUUGAAUGCUUUUGUGUUUUCAAACAAUAGUGGAACUUCUCUGCCAUUGUCAUGAAGCUUUAAUUAUGGUUCAGCACUAUGGGGAUUAAAUUAAUUUACAUAUGUUCUAGCUUUGCUAGUUAUGCAGUACCAAUAUUAAUUUGACCAUGUCGGUUCAUUGAAUCUGGCAAAGCUAUGCAUGGAUUAUAUUGAUAUACUUUUAGGACUAGAAGCCGAACACAGAUUAGUUGUUUUCUAUAGUGGCACACAGGUUUAAUGUCCACUUUGGAAUUGAUUCUUUUCUGUGUUGAUCUACUUGGGGAAUUAUUUCUUCAACCUUCUUUUUUGUUUUAAAUAUGUUUAUUUGCAUCACAAUAUAAAAGCGAAUGUCGAACACAGUUCUAUUAACGCAGAUAGUCGCCUACGCAGAGGUGUGCAGAUUAGAAGUGUAGAUAGCAUGAGGCAAACAUGUAGAUGGCAUCCAGAAGCCCGGCCCUGCACCUCCCAACCAUUUUUUUUUUUUUUUUGACAUUUGUUUAGUCCAUUAUUAGCACGCAUGCUCAGUUUAGUGAAUACCUAAAAUGUUCUCUAUUUAUUUUCUUUCAGGUCACAGUCUGGUACAGGCAAAACUGCAACCUUUUGUGUGUCUGUUCUUCAGUGUUUGGACAUUCAGGUAAAAGUUCUUGAAUUCCCUCAACCCCUCUGUUCCUGUGUGUCCAACUUGUCUGGUUACAACUACAUGUCUGUUCGUCCACCCAUUGUAAAGCGCUGCGAAAUUUGGCUAUAUAUAAAUGUUUUAUAAUUGAUUCCUGUGGCCACUGGUUUACGAAGUGUAUAUAUAAUUUCUUCCAAGUUUUGACCUAUCCCAUUGGUCUUUUUGCUUGCUUUUUUAAAUCUAUCAAUCCAUUGUGGUAUAUUAUAUUUAGUCCAUGAUAUGCAGACAAGUAAAUAGAAAUAUAAGUAUUCGAACUAGAUCUCAGUGGAACAUUUGGCAUUUAGAAUGCUUACGUCAUCUUCAGUGGGACUGAAAAAUAAUGUACAACCUUCAGGUCACAGAUAUAGAAAUAUUCUCCAACAUGGAUUCUCAAAGUUUGCCUAGUUUUUGUUUGAGUUUUUUUCGUUUACAUUUCUCUGUUUAGUAAAUGUAUAGGCAUUAUACAAUGGGGCUGCACUGUUAGAUGGUUUCAGGAUUUGUUUGUUCAUUUGUAGAAGGGAUCAGCAUUCUCUCAAACAUAUUCCCAUUUUAUUUUGCUGCAAUUUUGAGACAGUGUUUCAGGACAUGCUUAUAUUGACAGGUCUUUUCCCUUUCAGGUUCGUGAAACUCAAGCUUUAAUUUUGGCACCAACCAGAGAAUUGGCAGGACAGAUUCAGAAGGUAGGUGUUCAAUCAUCUGUGGCAUAUUUAUUUGAUUUACUGUUAUAAGAGAGAAUUAUUAAAAACUGGCAUAUUGUUUCGAUGGCAUAACUCUACUUUAUUUGUGGUUUUUCUUUUUUUUUCCAUUCUUGCUUAAUUGUCAAAUUGUGAAUGCUGUUUAGUCUUCUAGAAAUGAUUAAAAUAUCCUAAUUCUUUUUCAUUGUAGGUUCUUCUUGCUUUGGGGGACUACAUGAAUGUGCAGUGCCAUGCCUGCAUUGGAGGUACAAAUGUAGGUGAAGAUAUCCGCAAACUGGAUUAUGGUCAGCAUGUAGUUGCUGGUACCCCAGGUCGUGUUUUUGGUAAGCAUAGACAAAAUUAAAUCUUGCGGAAUUAAAAUUACUUACAUGGUGCUAAAGUGAGAAUUUAGCUUACCAUAUAUACUCGAGUAUAAGCAGAGUUUUUCAGCACAUUUUUUGUGCUGAAAAACCCCAACUCUGCUUAUACUCGAGUCACUGUCUGUAUUAUGGCAAUUUACAUUGCCAUGAUACAGACUGGGGGCUGGCAGAGCUGUUACCUCUCCUGCAGCUCCUGUCAGCUCUCUCCUCCUCCGCGCCGGUCCGUGCAGCACCUCGGUCAGCUCCCAGUGUAAGUCUCGCGAGAGCCGCGGGGUCAUAGUGCGGCUCUCGCGAGACUUACAGAGUGAGCUGACAGAAGAGCUGCACGGACCGGCGCGGAGGAGGAGAGAGCUGACAGGAGCUGCAGGAGAGGUAAGUUACAGCUCUGCCAGCACCCUCCUCCCCCCACUGAACUGCCAAUGCCACUGGACCACCAGGGAAGGAGAGCCCCCCUCCCUGCCAUGUAUCAAGCAGGGAGGGGGGACAACAAAAUAAAUAAAUAUAAAAAUAUAUAAAUAAUAAUAAAAUUUAAAAAAAAUAAUAUAACAAAAAAUUAAAAUAAUAUUAAUUAAUAAUAUAUAAAUAUAAAUAAUAAUAAAAAAAUAAUAUAACCAAAAAAAUUAAAAUAAAUAAUAUUAUUUUAUUUUUUUAUAAAAAUGCCCACCCCCCACCAAGGCUCUGCAACACAAACACACACACUGCAUCACAUACACACACACUGCAUCACAUACACACACACUGCAUCACAUACACACGCACUGCAUCACAUACACACGCACUGCAUCACAUACACACGCACUGCAUCACAUACACACGCACUGCAUCACAUACACACGCACUGCAUCACAUACACACGCACUGCAUCUCAUACACACGCACUGCAUCUCAUACACACGCACUGCAUCUCAUACACACACACUGCAUCUCAUACACACACACACUGCAUCUCAUACACACACACACUGCAUCUCAUACACACACACACACACUGUAAAUAAAUAUUCAAUUAAUAUAAUUUUUUUUAGGAUCUAAUUUUAUUUAGAAAUUUACCAGUAGCUGCUGCAUUUCCCACCCUAGUCUUAUACUCGAGUCAAUACGUUUUCCCAGUUUUUUGGGGUAAAAUUAGGGGCCUCGGCUUAUAUUCGGGUCGGCUUAUACUCGAGUAUAUACGGUAAUUUAAAUUUUUUGACCACAUUAGCCAAACUGGAAGCAUAGCAGCCUUAGAUUUAGACAGGGAUUCAGUUAUUUGUCCUUCAAUUUUAAAUUCACCGUGAGUUCCCAAUUUAGUGAUAACCAUUUUAGCUUCCUUGUGUUUAGUAUCAGAAUAAAACAGAGUACCGCUUAUUGUAUGUGGAAAUAUUUCUCCCUUUUUAAAGGGCUGCACAAUUCCAAAACUACUUUACCAAUCCUAACAUUGACUCUGUUAUAUUGAAUGUAAUUUAUGUAUAUCACGUGCACCUUGACUAGAGAGGAAUAAAGUUGUACUUCAGAAUUAAAAUUAUAUUUUUGUAUUUUAUUUGAUUAGAUAUGAUUAGACGCAGAAGUUUGAGAACCCGCGCCAUUAAAAUGCUAGUUUUGGAUGAAGCAGAUGAAAUGCUUAAUAAAGGUAAGAAUUCUGUGGGGAGCUAAAUUCACUUAGAAUGGGGGAAAUGUUGUGCAAAAACAUUGGUAAAGGGUACCUAUCAUGACAAAUAUGCUAGCAAAUGUCUAAAAUCAGAGGUUAAAAUAGCCUUUCCCCUCCUGUGCUGAUCAGCACAGUGAUAACAAGGCUGUGCUCUGCUGUUAUCCCAGAAACUCAUGUGAGCUUGAAUUCAGCCUAAGGGAAAUCAAUUGCUGCAAGGUGAAGUAGGGAGGGGGGCAGGCACAAAGAGAGGUGAAGUAGGGAGGGGGGCAGGCACAAAGAGAGGUGAAGUAGGGAGGGGGGCAGGCACAAAGAGUGGAGAGAAACAGCAAUUAGCUUUAGACUGGCAAUCUGAGAAUAAAGGGAGAGAACAGAAGUUUUGUUUACACAAAGCCAAUAUAAAGUGUUGGCCUUUAACCGGUUAUUGGAAACAAGUCUGUGCUUCCCAAGCAGGGAUAUGCUGGAGAGGUGUGUGUGUUACAGCAAGCGUAACACCAAUUAUAAGCAUGUUUGAUUUUUUUUUUUUUUUCAGUAGACUGGUAAUGGAAAUACAUUAAAAUGGGCGAUCUGUCUGUCGUGACAUGUUUAGUUUAAAAGUACGUACAGGACAUGGAUGCCCAUACAUUUGGUUGUCAUGUGGCUUGCUCCAGUUGUAGAAUGUUGCCCAACCAUCUUUCCUCCGACACUUUAAAACAUUUUUUUUUAAAUUCAUUUUACCCAUUAAAGGGUUACCUGAAGUGCUUGGAGUCUAGGAAAUGCUGCUCAUACAGACAUAGCCCUUUCCUGCCAGAGGUGUAACUCCACCUCCUGCAGUGUCAAUACAGCAUCAUCAGCCAGCUCAAAUAAGAGUUCUGGGUUAGCAGAUGUUAAUUCUGUACAUAUUUAAUGUCUGAGUAACCAUUUAAAUUCUUUUUUUUUCUCAUCUUAAUUUUAGGUUUUAAAGAGCAGAUUUAUGAUGUAUACCGAUACCUUCCUCCUGCUACUCAAGUAUGUCUGAUCAGUGCCACAUUGCCUCAUGAAAUCUUGGAAAUGACUAAUAAAUUCAUGACUGAUCCCAUUCGUAUACUGGUGAAACGGUAAGUCAUAUUCGUUAUUAAUUUCUAUGUUUACAUUUUUCUGAAAACAAGAGGUCCAUAAUGUCUGCCGAAACACUCCUAUAUGUGUAAUACUUCACUGAUCAGAACAUACUAUUUGAUUUUAAGACUAUAUCUUUAAGACACUAAAGUCUUAUGAAAAAUACCAUCUUUAUGAUAUGCUUGUAAAGAAUUCCAACACUUUCGUAAGAUUUAAUGAGACAAAGUAGAGGGACUACUUGCCUCAUUGUAAAUGUCAGACUUGACAAAAGAUGAAUCUUCCAAUCAUUGCCAGCGGUCUCGUGGGAUCCUCCAUAGUCAUCAGUGUUACACUUUUGGACAUGUGUGGCAAUACAGAAAUAUUCUAUACUAUAGAAAUAUUCUUGGUGAAUGUGUCAGAAGCUUAGCAUUAUCUCUGUAAUUUAUGGAAGGUGACAGCUUCUAUAAUCUAUUUUUAUUGUAGUCUCUUCAAAUAUAUGGCUUGUUGUAGUUUUAUCAUGUUUUUUUCUAGUUAGAGCAUUUAUUUGUAACUGGUUCAGUGUAACAUACUUUGAUAUGGACGGUGGUUGUUUUUUACACCUGUUUUUUCAAACUGUUAUUUCUCCCCUAGUGAUGAGUUGACAUUGGAAGGCAUCAAGCAAUUCUUCGUGGCUGUGGAGAGAGAGGAGUGGAAGUUUGAUACAUUGUGUGAUUUAUAUGACACUUUGACUAUUACACAGGCUGUAAUUUUCUGCAACACCAAAAGAAAGGUAUGUAAUCUAUUAUUUUUUUUAAAGUGAAUUUUUAAAAGUCCCUCUUUCAUGUUAAGGGACUUCUUUAUUUUCUUUGGUGUGUUCUUGAAGUGUUACAGAUACUUUCUAGCCUCCCUUCCAGUGUUCUUUCAAUAACCCCAAAUAUCCAAUAUUCUGUCCAUUCGAACGCUCAAGUGUUUUUUUUUUUUGUUUUUUUUCUUCACCUAUUUGUCAUUUUAGUUGCACCAAAUAAUUCCAUGGCAGCUGUACUAGCUUCUGUCCUGUCACUUCUCAGAGGUCAAUUAUUUUAUUUACAGGGUUACUUUUAGGCUCUCUCUUGAAGUUCAGGGCAUGAACUUUUGAUAUUUAAAACCUUUCCAUUGAUUUUGGACUCUGAGGCUACAGCAUGUAAAUAUUUCAGAAAACCUAUAGCUGUAAAGCAAGAAGAAAGUGCAAAGAAACUAAAGUUCCAUUUUAUUUUCCUUUUUAGGUUGAUUGGUUGACAGAGAAAAUGAGAGAGGCUAACUUCACAGUAUCAUCCAUGCAUGGGGAUAUGCCUCAGAAGGAGCGUGAGUCCAUCAUGAAAGAAUUUCGUUCUGGAGCCAGGUAUGAAGCGUUUUCCAUUUCUUUCUUAUGCAUUGUACAUCAGUAGACAAACCUUCUGUAAGGUUUAAAGCUUGCUAACAUUCUUUGAUCAAAAUAGAUUCUACUCGCCUUCCUUGCCUUUAAAGCACUUUUCUAUUCGCCUUAUUUGCGAACUACAUUGUGCUGAUAAUAGUUUGUGACUCUAACCCAGUUGCACCUGUUUUGUACAUUUUCAUUGGUGAUGUAUGCUUCUCAUAGAUAAUAUUUUUUUGUUUUAAUAGUCUGAAUUCUUUCCCAAAACAGCUAGAACGUGGUUUGACAAAAUGUAUACCUUUUGUGUCCCUUUAAUCCUACUCACUAUAACAUAAUGUAUAGCGCUAGUUUAUAUGUAUGUAAAAAGUGGUGCAAAUAUGUUCCUUUUAAUGUGAUUGCAAUAUGAUCUUUUGUUUUGCAUGGACACUCUAUGAAAUGCUUUUGAAAUACUGCAACUGCUGUAAAAGCCAGGCGUGGUGUAAUCAAGCCAUGUCACUUUUUUAAUGUCUUGAUAGUCAAUGUACUACUCAAAGAUUUGUAAACGUUUGCAGCCUGUGAUGUCAUGACCAUAUGUUUAGAAUCCGUUUAGGGAUAUGCGUUUUACAUUGUUUGUGUAAUGCCAGGCAUGUACAAACUUUUUUUUGUUUUCUCCCUUCUUUCCCCUCUUACAGCCGUGUUCUCAUAUCUACUGAUGUGUGGGCCAGAGGUUUGGAUGUUCCCCAGGUGUCUUUAAUCAUUAACUAUGAUCUGCCCAACAACAGAGAAUUGUACAUUCACAGGUAUAGUAAUUUUCUUGUAUGAUUUUGUAACGUUACAUUCAUAAUAAAUUUGGUUAUUGUGCUUCAGUUUGUAGGGUGGGGACCUCUUAUUUCGUUAACACCAUUAACCUGUUGCUAUGGAUUGUUACAAUAGUGAGUAAUGUUUUGUGCAUCAACUUGUGACCUACAACUGUCCUGUCAAUUGAGGUGGAAGCAGUAAUCAUCGUAAACGUAUCGACGUCCGUACACAUAUAUUUGCUGAUUUGGACAGCACAGUCUUUGCUGCAUAUCUACCCAAUUCACUGAGUCAUUAAAUGUUACAGUAAGCCUGUGUUUACCAUUCGUCUAUGAAAGUAAGCCAAUUUUGCAUGUCUAGGAGUAUUGCAUCUGUCACGUCAUUAAACAAUAACUUUAUACGGAGCUGGUCUUUUAAACUUAUAUUUUAUUUUAUUUUUUUGAAGUUUGUCAUUUCAAGAAAAGUCGAUCAUUUUUUAUACUUUUCCUUUUUGUUUUUAACAGAAUUGGUCGUUCAGGGCGAUAUGGAAGGAAAGGUGUUGCCAUCAACUUUGUGAAGAAUGACGAUAUUCGAAUCCUGCGAGAUAUUGAGCAGUACUACUCUACUCAAAUUGAUGAAAUGCCCAUGAAUGGUACGUACAUUGCCCUCUACGUAUAUGUGACCACUAUUGUAUGAGGCAUUUGCACAUAUAUUUUAUAUUAAUUAUACAUUUUUCUAAUUUUUUUUUUUAGUUGCUGAUCUGAUCUAAAGAAUGAUAUCCCAUAUGGAACAGCUGUGGAAAUAAGCUGCAAAGAAAACAUUUGACGCAAUUUUAUUUUGGGAACUGGUUUCAAUAGCGAACUUUUAACUGUUUAUUUUUUUUGUAUUUAACUGUGUAUCUGAUAUAACUCCACAAAGCAUUGUGAUCCAUUGUAAAUACUGCAUUUGGUGGAUUUUUUUUCAAUUAAAAAAAAAAAAAAGAAAAUCAAAAAAUUGUCACGUGUUUUUGUGAAGAUUAUCUUGU